AAAGUCUCACGGGUCCCUCUCUUUGCAGUAUUACUUCUGCUUAAAGUCAUGGACAAGGGGAACACCACCUUGGCUUUCAUUCUCCUGGGACUCUUUAACCACACCAGAGCCCACCUGGUUCUCUUUGUGCUGGUUCUAACGGUGGCCUUUGCCUCCCUAGUGGCCAAUGCCCUCAUGCUGGUUCUUAUCCAUCAGGACCACCGGCUCCACACACCUAUGUAUUUCCUCCUGAGCCAACUCUCCUUCAUGGAUAUGAUGCUAGUCUCCACCAUAGUCCCCCAGCUGGCAACUGGCUAUCUGACAGGCAAGAAAACCAUCUCCCCUGCUGGCUGUGGCUUUCAGAUCUUCUUCUUCCUCACUUUGGGUGGUGGUGAGUGCUUCCUCUUAGCAGCCAUGUCCUAUGACCGUUAUGUGGCCAUUUGUCACCCACUGCGCUAUCCGGUCCUCAUGAGCUGGCCGUUAUGUCUGAGGAUGACCUUGGGUUCUUGGGUCCUGGGAGCAGCUGAUGGGCUCAUGCAGGCUCUUGUGACCCUGAACUUCCGGUUUUGCAAUAGACACGAGAUUGAUCAUUUCUUCUGUGAGGCUCCCAUGCUCGUGCGUUUGGCUUGUGACGAUACGUCUGCCUUCGAAUAUGCCAUGUACAUCUGCUGUGUGCUGAUGCUCUUGGUGCCCCUCUCCCUCAUCCUGACAUCCUACGGCCUCAUCCUCGCUGCUGUUCUCACAUGCGUUCCCCAGAGGCGCGAGAAGGCCUUGAGCACCUGCUCUUCACACCUGGCUGUGGUGGGUCUCUUUUAUGGAGCUGCCAUUUUCAUCUACAUGAGACCUAUGUCCUACAGGCCAGCAAACCACAAUAAGGUGGUGUCAGUAUUCUAUACUGUUGUCACCCCAGCGCUGAACCCUGUCAUCUACAGUCUGAGGAACAGUGAGAUCAAGAACGGCCUGAGGAAGUGCAUGGCUCGCAGGGCUGCUCUAAUUCACUAUUAG